UCUCGCUGGCUUGCCUCGCUAUCCGCAUCCACGACACGAGAUGUCUCCAAAGACACACCGCCGGCCACAUCAUCUGGUGACUUAUCGUUUGCCGAGGAGAUCGGUUCUGUGGUUGUCAAAUCAGGAUCCUGGACACUAAUUUGCCUGCCCUUCUUUCCUUUCUUGCCACCCUUCUUCUUCGGAAUAGGCGCCCAUUCAUCUUCUUGUGCUGGUUCGGGAAGUAAAGGUUGUUCAGAAUCGAGACUGUCAGCUUUGUCGGCAACGGUAGAGACAGAUAGAUCAUCUCUUUUUGGUUCUGGAACCGGUGUCGGUGUAUCCUUGGGUAGCAGUUGCAUGUCAACGCCAGAUUCUGGUCCGAUAUCCGCAGCUUCAAGAUGCGGAGUUUCCGUAUUUGUGGUUCGUCCUUCUCAAGAGGUUUGGGUUCGUUGAUAACAGCUUCAGCGACAGCAGGGGUAAGACUCAAAUCUCCUUUCGCUGCCUUCUCAAUCUCCUGGCUUGGUGUGGAAAUUGUCUCUACUUUAACUUCGGCGGACGCCGGUCCUACUUCAACUUGCUUCUCUGUUGCAGACGCUGUGACAGGACUCUUGGGUUCACGUGCAUUCAGUUGAGAUUUGCUUUUCUUCUUUCCGAACCC